AUGGAUUUUCAUCGUAUUUGGGCGGAGUGCCCUGCUGACGGUUCUUUGAAGUUGCCCUGGGAACAUGGAUUCUGGAAGACUUUUUUCGAGGGUCCUACUGAUCCUAUUGGUAUUCAGGACUGGAAAGUAGCAGAGCCUCCACUUUUUGUUCCGUGUGCCUCCCGCGCUGAACCGGCGCCUGCCAAGAAGCUUCGUGUGUCCGAGCCCCUGUCAUGGCAUCACAUUGUACGUUCAGGUGGUGAACAAACUUGGAAAGACAAACGUGAAGCUGAUUUUCAAGUGGCAUUACGUCGUUGGCAUGAUGUUUUGAUUCUCUUGCCGUGUCGCAUUGUCGUAGUUCAGCAACUUUUGCAUUUGAAGACAACUGCAGAGAGAUUGCGUAUGUUGAGGGAUGUUUUCUGGAAGAAGGCGCCUAGCACUCUUCGGAAGCGUGUGCAUUCAUUCCUGAGGUUUACAUCAGACUUGGAAACACGCCGAAUUGCUUUUCCUGGUACUGAAACAGAUUUUUAUGCUUUUCUGGAUGAACUCAGAGUGGCCGGUGUCGUGGAUGAUGGCUGGAUCACCAUUUGGGCGCGGGUACGCUCAGAGCUCGGGAUUUCAUUUGAAGCUGGACAUCCAACCAUGCCAGCACCAUUGGAAGAUGGUGGAAUCAGUAUGAGGCCUCUCAGCAGUGAAGAGAUGAAACAGUGGACUUCCAUUCUUUUGCACUCAGUUCAGAUUGAGACAGAUGGGCGUAGGUUGACGUCACACAGUUGCAAGUGCACGUUGUUGUCCUGGUGUUCUAAAAGAGGAUUGCCCUGGGAAGAUCGGCUUGUGCUUGGAGGUCACACCUCUGCAGUGCGCUCAGCUCUGGUGUAUGCCCGUGAUAGCCUGGGCCGUCCGUUGCGCAUGCUGGAGAAGCUGCUGUUGGAGGUACGGUUGGGCCGUUUCUUGCCCGACGCUACAAGGAGUGGCAGAUUUCCAACAGCCUUUGCAACGACAUUUCAUUGUGAUGACGGAACCCAAAGUGAUUUUUCAUACGCCCCAAGUUUUGGUUUGGUGGAAGCUGAUGACAUUGCAGCCAACAACAACUCCCAUGGUGACCUUGUGGAACCAGCAGAGCGACUUGAGAAGGGCACAGUGCAGCCCGUUGCAGAUCAAGCAUGCAAAGUCGAGGCCCCUGAAUCGGUUUGGGAGUUGGCAGGUAGCAGUGAGGUGAUUGACUUGGACACCUGCUCAGAGGAUAGUGGAUGUUCAGUUGCCACCACCUCAUCUAGCUCGGAUGAGGGAGCUGCUGAACUUAGCAGUGCAAGGAGACCAGUACAUCCGCCAAAAGUGCCAAGUCAGUUGAAACUUAUCCAACACAGAAAGCUCAAGACGUUGCACCUGAUGGAAUUGCAGAAUCAAAGGGUGAUGCUUUGUGGAAGAGUGGCUGAGACCGGAACACCUGUGGCCACUGGGGUCUCAGCGACUCCAGCAAAUGAAGUUGUCGUGGGCAUCCCACGUGAACCUGCUGACUUCAUACGUGAUGCAGUCCGGAAAGGCCAUCCAAGAGAUAUCAUUGCGCAAGUGCCCAAGGAAAUUAAGGACGUUGUGCAGAGCAUGCUGGAUGGAGAUAUGUCAGGGCGCUUCAAAUCGAGGGCCACUUCCUUUGGGCCCUCCUUCAAGUCGCUUGGUGUGGUCUUUGAUGUUGGUGCGAUACCUGACGGAACCUUUACCUUACAGCAUACUGAAAGCCGGAAGUCCGAGCUGAUACAAUUUCUUGACAACUUGAUCAGAACCUUGACGGACUUGAAACAUGCGAUAGGGUCCUCGAAGCCGGUGGUGAUUUCAAAGACACUUUGUACCACUUGGUACGUCUUUACUGACGGUGCAUAUGAGCCUGAUUCAGACGUUCCUGCCAGUGUAGGUGCAGUCUUGAUUUCGCCGACAGGCACUCCAGUUCAGUGUUUCGGAGAGAUCGUCCCUAAGACCUUAGUGGACGAGCUGCUGCAGCAUUCAUCUCAUCCUAUUUACGAAUUGGAAGUGCUUCCUGUCGUGAUGGCCACACGGCUUUGGAUGAAGUAUCUGAUGGGGUGCCCCACCGUAUACUUUCUUGAUAACGUUGCAGCCAGAGCAACUUACAUAAAGGGUGUGGGCGCUACGCCUCCUUCCAUUCUCUUGCUCAAAGACUUUGUUCGCUUGGAGGCAAGGCUGAAGAUCUACUCAUGGUUCGGUCGAGUUCCGAGUCAUUCGAACGUGGCUGAUUCUCCAAGCCGCCUUGUCUUUGAUGACCCAGUCCUGUCGGGCUGUCCUCGAAUACGGAUGGUGCUUCCAACUCACAUUCAUGAAAUUGGGGAUGGCACAGGGUGA